GCAACCUUGGCAUAACAGCAUAACGGCAAUGGCGCCGUCCUUGUAGUCGCAGAAGAUAUGUAGCCGGCUUGUCUCCACGGUCGCGGACAUCGCUGUGCGACCAGUAUAGCAAAAUUAUGCCCUGUCAGCUUCUAGUCAACGUAGAAAUUCAUUUCUAGUCGAUGAUGGAAGAAUCGAAAAGCCAAACCGGAAUGCUCGAGCCGGGAUGUGUCGAGUUGUCCCUCGCGUCGAGCGGCGAUACGUACCUGGUUACUCGAGGUUCGGUUGGGGCUGUUCACACGCUGUCGCCCAGACUGGACGAUGCGCUUCGAUUGGGCGAAAACACUGCCGACUCCGUCGCAUGUUCAGCGACUGGGACCAACCCCGAUUCAGUCGUCAGGGCACAGAUUUCGGCCGCAGUGGACGAGCGGCUGUUCUGGAGUAUGAUUGUUGAACUUUCUAGAUCUCAAAAUUAUCGUACCCUUUGCCUUAACAAAUUUCGGAGCAAAUGCCAAAAGUGCCAUUGCACGGAACGUUUGAGAAGUUACCCGCUGACUGUUAGUGUUGUUGUGCUACUUGUACCGUGGAACCCUGUGAUGGACAUGUCUUGGGAAGCCAAGAUCAUCCAUCUAGUGGUAGAACAGCUUGAACUAGAAAACACAAUGGCUUGGUUGUCAACCCUUGGUGGAGCCUUCUCCGCACUUGGCGAUUACUGCUCCCGAUUUGCUGAGGCGGCGGGGCUGGUGUCGGUGAAGCAGCUGAAGCUGGCUCUGCGCUUUGGUGACCCGGUGACCAUGUGCCGGUGUCACAUCUACUUGGCGAUGAGCUUGCUGCAGAGGGGCUACUUCCGCUCCUGCCGCAGGAUACUCAGGCCAGGAGCACCUGGCGCUGCUAACAAGACGAGCAUUCCAGAAUGGCGCAUUGUUGAGCUCCAGGGAGACUUGAUGACAAAUGACGAAGGGAGUGCUGGCCAAUACAUUGGUGACCUUCAUUACACCAAAACGGGCAUUCCGAUACUGCUUGUUGGCCACCACAUCUUGUACGGCAAAGAGCAGGAUGUGGAGAAACCCUUUCUUGUGAUUGAAAAGUCUGCCGAAGAAGCAGAACCACAGAACACCACGAAGGAGUACCUUAUCCGCGGUGUUGUCACAAAGAAGGUCAUCUUUCGGUCUCGCCCCAAGCCAAUUGUCAGCAACGUACCAACAAAAGUGUGAAGACAAACUGGCAAGCUGUCCAUGAGGCGACAUAAUUGUGAUGCAACACUACGGAGUGCCCCCUGCGACAUUUUAGGUCUGCAUGCUGAAUAACUGAAAAGGCAGGCUUAUGCUCUGAAUCAGUCUAACGAGAUUGUGAAAAGGUAAAUUUUACUGAUGUGGUGGCACUUGUUUUAUGCUCUAAUAGCGAAUUUCUUGAAGAAAUUGGCCGAGGUGUUUUUGCCUCUCAUUAAAAGCCCACAGGUUAUAGUGCCUUUUAAAUUUUUCUCUCCAAAAACAGGGCAUUUUCCUUUUCUUUUUGCAUGGGGCGAGGUUCCUGUCAUGUGAACCACACUACUGUGUAUCUGCAAGUGCUUGUUUUGCAAAUUUUACAGACUAUAAAGCUUAUUGAAUGUUAUA